AUGGGGGCCCUCAAGUUGAGCCCGGACGGUUUUCCUUGGCAGAUGGGCGUCCCUAUCCGCUGUGCUCCCUCCGUUUAUGCCUCUACCGCCGGCCGUCUCGGCCAAUAUAUUGUGCAGUUGCAGCGGUGCGACUUUGGUGAGCAUAGAACGGAAGAAAGCCAUGGAAACCAGCUUGGAACGACCGGCCGCGCGAACAUGGAGCCCGGCCGUCGAGAUGAGGUCUAA